AUUCUGUAAAUGUUUUGAUGACACCUGGGUUCGACGCAAAAAAAAAAGUGGUUUUUCUAUUUUUAUGUGGGCUGGUCAAGAGUUAAAUAGUGGUCCCCCAGUCGCUAAUUAAGUGACAGUGGUUGAAGGAAACGAACGUUCCUGUGCCACCGGCCGUCAAGGCAAUACUGAGUAUGGGACCGCGAAAGAAGCAGAAAUGGCGUAGCUCGGUGAAGAAGCGGCCAGCUAGGAAGUCGGCAGGUGCUGCGAUUGCGAUGCAGCAGUUGGUGGAGAUGGGCCAGUGGGAGGCGCCAGAGGUCAGCCUUGCGGCUUUUAUUGACUUCUCCACAUUUUCAAUGUACAUCUAGCGACUUUGUUUUUAAAUUAACUAGCUGCAUUUAGCCGUGCUCCCUUCAACAACGCUCUGAUGCUCAUAUCUGUGUGCUUCUUUAUCUUGCUGCUACUUCUACAUUUGUUCUAACCUACCGACAUGCGGCCCCCGACCAAACUCUGGACUCCGCUCUCUUGUUGUACAGUGAUUCCGAUCGGGUCUCUUGCCCGAAAACUCGGAAAGUUCAUACUUGUAUACUAAUCUGCUUCAACUAUACUACUAUAUUCUGGCGAUCACAUAAACAAAGAAAAGGUACUCAUCAGUUCAGGGGAGUAGGCGUAUAUUGCCGGCUCCGAGACCACGCGUUCCAUUGCGUGGAUACGAAAUGUCAUGCACACGCUCGGUUAUGCGCUUACAUUGCCUACUCGCCUAUAUAUAGAUAAUCAAAGUGCGAUUAAGAUCGCACUGAGGACAGACAAGCCUAAAGGUCUCAAAUAUAUAGACAUAUGCAGUCACUAUAUAGGUGACUUUGUUCGUACUGGUAUGAUUGAUCAUAAAUACAUAUAUACCUAUGACAAACCCGCUGAUCAUCUCACCGAAAACCUCGGACGUUU